AUGACAGAGCACACGAUUUUAACGAUGAAACUGUUGCUUGCUCUACUUCUAGCCGCCUCUGCCUCGGCAGACAACCACUGCCGCGGUAUCUACUUCAACGAGAAGUAUUACAACGUGCACAUAAUCAAAGAGGGCGUCAAUCGGAUUGACAGUUUGACUUUGAACAGGAACGACGACAUUUUGUAUUUCACCUUCGAUCAGAUCGCUUCGCCGCCGAACCGUCAGGUCGCUUACAUGGACAUGGACACCAAAGAGACGAAGAUCGUCGAGGGCAUAGACAACGCGACGUCGAUCGCCAUAGAUCAGAAGUACAACAAAAUCUACGUCGGCAGCAGGAGCGGUUUGUACAAGAUAAACGAGAGAAGACAAGCGGAACUAUUGCCCGUACGCGACGACAUUAGAUACGUGCACUUUAAAGACGUCUUGUACUUCGUAAACGCGAAGGGCGAGACGUACAUAUUCGAGGACGGCCUCGGGGUGGCGCUUACUGAACUGAGAGACGUCAAAGUCGACAGCCUGAUAGUAGACAACGACAACAACGUUCUGUUUACACGGGACAAGACUCUGUUCCGCAUCAAACUCGGCACUAGAGCCGUCAAUAUCCACGAGAAGGUCCACGUGGACGUGCUAAGCACAGACGUUUACGUCAAGGCUCACGUUUGCGCCCCCAAUGGGGUGUUUGUUUACAACAAGUACAAAUUCGUCCUGGACAAGGUGGCGGACAUGAGGGACUUGAGGGGUCUGACCUUCAACAAAGCCAAUGAGCCGGUGUACGCAGUGAAGGACCUCAUUAUCAAACUCAGCGAGAACCCCAUACCGUGUUUUGGAGAU